ACUUGGGCGCGCUCGGCUGUCAGUGUCAAAAGGCCAUCUUGUUUUCUCGUUCUUUUUUCUGGUAGACACCGACGUGUAGAAAACGUGUUGAGCGUUUCGUGUGUCGAAAAUUUCCCAAUUUAAUUCGAAAUGGGGUUCGUUAAGGUAGUGAAGAACAAGCAGUACUUCAAGCGUUAUCAGGUCAGGUUCCGUCGCCGUCGCGAGGGCAAGACCGACUACUAUGCCCGCAAGCGCCUGAUUUUCCAGGACAAAAACAAAUACAACACGCCGAAGUUCCGGCUGAUCGUUCGCCUGAGCAACCGCGACAUCACCUGCCAGAUCGCGUACGCCCGCAUCGAGGGCGAUCGCAUCGUGUGCGCGGCCUACUCGCACGAGCUGCCACGUUACGGCGUGAAGGUUGGUCUGACCAACUAUGCCGCCGCCUACUGCACCGGUCUGCUCGUUGCUCGCCGCAUCCUGCAGAAGCUGCGCCUGGACACGCUGUACGCCGGCUGUACCGAUGUGACCGGCGAGGAGUACCUGGUCGAGCCGGUCGAUGAAGGACCGGCCGCCUUCCGGUGCUACCUGGAUGUGGGUCUGGCCCGCACCACCACCGGUGCCCGUGUGUUCGGCGCCAUGAAGGGUGCCGUCGAUGGCGGACUGAACAUUCCGCACUCGGUCAAGCGUUUCCCGGGCUACAGCGCCGAGAACAAGAGCUUCAACGCGGAAAUGCACCGUGACCACAUCUUCGGCCUGCACGUCGCCAACUACAUGCGCACGCUGGAGGAGGAGGACGAGGAGGCGUUCAAGCGCCAGUUCAGCAAGUACAUCUCGCUGGGCAUCAAGGCUGAUGAUAUCGAAAACAUCUACAAGAACGCCCACGCCUCCAUCCGCAAGGAUCCCUCCUUCACGAAGAAACCCGAGAAGAAGGUCACCAAGAAGCGGUGGACGAUGGCCAAGUUGCCGCUCGCCGCCCGCAAGGAGAAGAUCGCGAAGCACAAGGCCGACUUCCUGGCCAAGAUCCAGGCCGACGUCGAAGCCUAAGCGGGCUGCCCCGUCGCCGUCGACCGUUCUUCUUCUCUUCGUGGUGGUGUAUCAUCCUUGUUCUGUCCUGUUCUUCGCCUGUGCGAAGGAUGAGGCGAGCAACAGAAAAAAAACAUUCGUUUAUUUUUUGCUUCUACUAUUCGCUGAAGAUAAACAUUAUGUUUGGACGCGA